AUAUGUUGUUGGUACCUGUGAGUGUUCCAUUCCAUGGCAUGUUUUACAAAAUGUACAACCAAAAUUCAUCAGAUCAGCCAAAGGGGGUUGGGGCACCUCCCAUGGCCAUGAGCCCUAGAAUCUCCUUCUCCAAUGACUUUGUGGAAUCCUCUCACCAUUCCCAAUCUCACCACCAUCACCACAGGCCUGCAGCUGCAUCAUAUAGGGAUGCACCUGUUUCCUCAGACUUUGAGUUCUCUGUGAGCAAUUACUCCAUGAUGUCUGCUGAUGAGCUCUUCUUCAAGGGAAGGCUUCUGCCAUUGAAGGAAACCUCCUGUAGUAGCAGCAGUGGAAGUUUCCAGAAGACCACCACUACUCUCAGGGAUGAGCUCCAGAACAAUGAGGAAGAUGGUGGCGAUGAUUUCUCCCUCAGGCCCCCCAAGAACCCCACCAGGUGGAGGGGCUUUCUUGGCCUCAGAAAAUCACACAUUGGGUCUAAGAAACCUGAAAAGCCACUGGAGAAAAGGACACCAGUUUAUGGCCAUCAUGAUGAUAUCCAAUGCACCAAGAAUUCACAGGAUUUUGUGGAAUGACUCAUUAAACAAGAGAUUGGAGAUGGUGGAUGGAAGACAAAUAAUUAAAAGUCAUGGAGGUUUGGAAUUUUUUUUAGGUGGUUUUUUGGCAAAUUUUGGGGGCAGGAAAAUUGGGAAAUGAAAAGACUAGUGCUUUUUCCUUAGAUGAGAGGCUUAAUUUGGAUCAUUAAUCUAAUUUGUAUUAGUGAAGUCGGAAGCUCUUUUUUUUUUUUUUUUUUUUAAUUCUUAAUCUCUAGCAUUUUGAGUUUGAAUUUUGUCAUUGUAGUUUGCUUCAAGAUUUUUCUUCUAAUUCUUGUAGAAGUAACAAACUAAGUUUUUAUUUCUUUUGUUCUGAGUAUGUGUUGAGAAAAAAAUAUAA